UAAAAAAAUGGAUUUGGCCAACCAUGGGCUUAUCCUUCUGCAGCAACUUAAUGCUCAGAGAGAGUUUGGUUUCCUGUGUGACUGCACAGUUGCUAUUGGUGAUGUCUACUUCAAGGCACACAAGUCUGUUCUUGCUUCUUUUUCCAACUACUUCAAGAUGCUGUUUGUUCAUCAGAGCAGUGAAUGUGUGCGUUUGAAGGCAACUGACAUACAGCCAGAUAUAUUCAGCUAUCUCUUGCAUUUGAUGUACACUGGGAAGAUGGCACCUCAGCUCAUAGAUCCUGUUCGAUUAGAGCAAGGAAUAAAGUUUCUGCAUGCAUAUCCAUUGAUUCAAGAGGCCAGCCUUGCCAGCCAAGGAAACUUUGCACACCCAGAGCAAGUUUUUCCAUUGGCAUCGUCAUUAUAUGGUAUUCAGAUAGCAGAUCAUCAGACAAGAAAUCCUACAAAAGCAACUUCAGCAGCUGACAAGCCAGUGCGAGAACCAAGGCCGCAGCCAUCCCGAGUAAACCAAGAACAGGUACAUGAAGGCUCCCAGUCAUCACAGUUACCACCACCGACUUUGCCUCAAGUGCCCCAGACAAAUGUGGCCCCUCCUGACCUGCUGCAGCCUUCGCUGUCUCCAGAAUUGGUUCCAGCUACUCCUCAUUCUUCUCCACCAGGAGAUGAAACCAACAUGGAGGCCUCUUCUUCAGAUGAUCAGCCUGCUUCUCUCACAAUAGCACACGUCAAACCAAGCAUUAUGAAAAAGAAUGGAAGUUUUCCCAAAUACUACGCUUGUCACCUCUGUGGCCGGCGAUUCAAUUUGCGCAGUAGCUUGCGUGAACACCUGCAGAUUCACACAGGAGUGCCAUUCACAUCGAGCCAACAUGGAGAAAGUAGUGUUCCCCUGUCUCUUUGUAACAAUGCUCCUGACAAAGAUGCUAUGGAAGUGCCUGAAGCUGGAAUGAUUAGUGACAGUGAGCUGCAACAGAUCUCAGAUUCACCAAUAAUUGAUGGACAACAGCAAGCAGAAACACCACCACCCUCUGACAUUGCCGACAUAGAUAACUUGGAGCAGGCAGAUCAAGAAAGGGAAGUUAAAAGACGCAAGUAUGAAUGUUCCAUUUGUGGACGCAAAUUCAUUCAGAAAAGCCACUGGAGAGAGCACAUGUACAUACACACUGGAAAGCCUUUCAAGUGCAGUACCUGUGACAAAAGCUUCUGCCGGGCCAAUCAAGCUGCUCGACAUGUGUGUCUAAACCAAAGCAUGGACACAUACACCAUGGUAGACAAGCAGACUCUGGAGCUUUGUACUUUUGAGGAAGGCAACCAAAUGGACAACAUGUUGGUACAGACCAACAAACCGUAUAAAUGCAACUUGUGUGACAAAACGUUCUGCACUCCCAAUGAGGUGGUCAAACACUCGUGCCAAAGUCAAAAUUCUGUCUUCACACUAGAAGAAGACAGAUCCAUUCUGUUAGGUGGAGAUGCUGAAACCACAGAGAGUGAUCACUCUGUCUUAGACUCUAUAAAAAAGGAACAGGAAGCAGUGUUGUUAGACUGA